CCUAUUUUCACAAAAAAAAGAAGCCUUUUCUUCUUGUGCAUUUGUUUGUAUGCCGGUGAGUACCCGGCUGUGUAACUUGAUAGGGGGUUUGGAGAGCGAAUAAGGGAAUGCAGGACUGCAAUGGAGCAGAAUGCGAUACAGUGGUUAGGCAGCCCCUCCUGCCUGCGAGGCAGCUAUGCCUUCUAUAAGUCAGUGAGGCGCCAGUCCCAGAGUGGUGGUGCCGCCCAGGUUCUGAGGCUGGGGGAGUUCUAUUACAUCCGCUGUGGCCCCCAGGAGCCGGCCUGCAUCGCUGAGGUGACGUUACUGUGGGAGGAGCAGGUGCAGCGCCAUCUGCUGGCCAGUUCCCGACUCUACAUCCUCCCAGAGGAUACAUCCAAGGGAAGAACCAAGGAGCACGGGGAGGAUGAAGUCCUGGCCGUGUCUAAGAAAGUGGUUGUGCGCGUGGAGGAUCUGGUGAACUGGACCUGUUCAGAACCUCCUGGCUGGACGUCCAAAUCUGGUCCGAGACCCGGAGCCAGAAACAGUCUGGAGAGAACCGGACCAUCCAGCACCGACUCAGAACCACCAACCCAAGCAAGACUGACAGUGACGACAGCAGAACCACACAAGCAGGAGAGUCGAGUGAGGGUUCUGAGCUACCCCCAGUACUGUCGCUACCGCUCACUCCAGCGGCGCAUCCAGGACCGGGGGCCCGCUCCGGGGGGCCCGGGGCUCCAGGACCCUCUGCUGGCGCUGGGGGCCCUCCGGGGGGGGGCGGAGGACACCCGUGUCCUCUACUGCCGGGACGCCGUCAGCCACACCACCCUCAGCUGCUGUAGUAACCUCUGGACCCCACUACGAUGCACUUCUAUCAGCCUGAAGGGGCGACCACGCAAGAGAAGAGGGCCGUGACAGGCAGGGGGUGGAGUCUCCUUCUCCCAGCCAAUCAGAGACCUGGGUCGAGAAAAUGAAGGAAAACGUGAUGGAAGACGUGGAUAUGAGCUGCGAGGGGGCGUGGCUUCCCCACCCCGAGGAGCAGCUGUUCCUGGAUCAGCUGUUUGUCUUCAUGGAGCGCCGUUGGGUCGCCCAUCAGCAAGGUGCCCAACCUGGGCUUCA